AUCAGCAGUUGCGAACCCUCGGAGAACUCAGAACAAGUGCAGUUGGUCAGUUACAAGACAAAUCUGUUUAUUGGUUAUUGUCUAGUGUUCCUUACUCCCCUUUCGCGUUAUUAUUUACUUAAUAAUUAUUAUUAUUAUUACUAUGCUCUGUACUGAGCACAAUAACAGUCAAUGUCAAUAGCCAUCUCCAAUGAGACAAUUUGUUUUGUGAGCACUGAGUUUGAAAAAAAAAAGAAGCAAACUGUGAUUCCCAAGUACAUGCUGGGGAUUUCUUAUUUAAUCAACUCCAUUACCGUGACAUUAUAACGUUCAAUGGAUAAUAGCAAGUGACUGGCUGUGAAAGUGCUCUUUUAGUCAAGCACAAGUUUAUUUUAAAAAUUAUUUCUGUCUGUCAUUAUUAUUAAUAAAUUUAUAAAAAUAUUCAGCAAGAUGACGUACCCUGGGAUGGCGUUUGUUUUUGUCGUCGGUGUCGGUCUCGCAACUAUUUUGUAUUACAUGUUUGCUGAUAAUUCACACAAUCAACACAAUCAUAGCAAUAAUGGAACUGGUCCACCUCCUGACAUACCGCAAAAUUCUUGGAGCGCGCCGACUGCCAGACAGAGGAGUCGGAGAAAGGGAUCUGGUGCCAGUACUGAUAAAACAAAUUGCACAAUUUGCUUAGCAGAAAUAUCACUACCGCAAAUAGUUAAUGUCCGACCCUGCGGGCACGCGUUUCACAUGAAAUGUAUUCAAGAUUGGCAGAAACAAGGACAGACGGAGAGUCAUAAAUCCUGUCCCAAUUGCCGGAGAAAAAUCGAAGAAAUUUGUUAACUAAUUAAUCGUUAAUUAUUAAUUAUCAUCACAAUCACACAAAGGUAGUGUAAGUGUACACGCAGAUAAUUUUUGAGUAAAAAUUACCCAUAAAGUUUAGUACUGUAAGAACAUCUAGCCAGUAACUAAAUUUUUACUAUGUUAUUAUGUAGUAGAAAUUGCACUUGAUUUCCAUGCUACUAAGUAGUAUAUUUUAUGAUGUGCAUGGAAAAAAUUUAGAUAUUUACCACAUGUUCAGUACCAAACUUCUUGGGUAAUUUUUACUAAAAAUUCAUCAGCGGGUAAGUUGAAUCAAAAUUUUAUAAGUAAUUUAUAAAAAAAGAAAAGAAACAAAAACAUUGUUUUGUUUUCUUAUUUAAACUAAUCUGAAUUAUUUUAAGUAAUUAUUUUAUUUAUUUACUAAUAAUUAGUAACGAAAAAAAAAUAUUUUAUAAAUAUACUUACUCUUCCUUGUGAUUUUAAAAUUAAUUACCGACUGUUUUAAUUCUAACUAUUUAGUUUAUUAAUGACAUUUUCAAAGCAAUGUUACACUAAACGGAUUUAAAAUAAUAAAUAAAUAUAAUAAUAAGUUACAAAAUAAAUCGGAUGGUUGGGAAUAAAAAAUGUUUUAAUUGGAGAUUUAACCAUUUAUAUUUAAUAAAUUAAUUAAGAGACUGAGUUUUAAAUUUAUAUAUCAUUUCAUUAUGAAUAUGAAUACGAUGCUUUUGCAUUAAAUGUUAAUUAUUGAUCAUUUUUUAUUUCAAUUCGUAGCUACUGUAUGAAUAAAAAAAAAGUGAUAAAAUAUGACGUGCGUUGCCUAAAUAAUUGCUAAUCAAUUAAUCUCGUCUUAUUUAUUAAUAUGUAAAUUAUGUAACUAUAAUUAAGCAAAAAAAAUGUAAUAAUAGUUAUAAUGUUUAAGCUGUUAUAUAUCGUAUUAUAUAUGUUUGGUCAUAAUAAAUUAUCAUUAUCCUGAAAAAUAAUA